CCAUCGGCGCCACUCACACGCCGCGCGACCUCCCGACCACACGCGCCCUGUAGACCAGCAGACCUCGCUCCAGCAUCACGUCAGCAUAUGCCAUGUGCCAGUGAAGUCGUGCAGACAGUGUAUCUAUUGUGAAGUGACUGAACGUGAUGUGUGUCUAAUAUAAACCGCAGCCUCAACCGUUAUCAGAUAAAAUGGUGAGAGGGGCACCGUUAGUGCUAUCUUUAGCGCUGACAUGGCUUUGCGUGGCGCAUUCCAGCGUUCUUGUGCCCACAUAUGUUUUGCCGCCUGACUCGUUCGUGCGCGACCAACGCUCACUUGGUCCAGCGCCGGACUCAGAGACAGGAGAAUCACAAAGGACAAUAAAGCGACUUAUUGGUGGACAUAUGAAAAUAAAGACUGAGAAAGAACACGGAAGUCCGAAAAAUUCCAUAACCUUCACGGACAAAAGUGACAGUGUAAAGUUUAAUGGAGUGAUCGCGCCGGACCAGUCGGGCGGCAACGUUGGAUGGAACCAAGGUAUUUGGGACGAUGGAAUGCUCAUGUCAAGUGCUGGAGAAGGAAAAGAGACUAAAAAAAUCAAAGAAGACGAUGAGGAUAAAAAGACUUUAUCUGACCAAGUAGCUGAAGGGAAAUACGGCUUAAUUCAAAACGAGUUAUUUUCUAAAACUCCGAAACGUCCGGGUAUACUUAGUUACGAAACUAACACUGAAACGAGAUCUAAGGAUAAUUUACAAAACUUAGGUGGUCUCAAGAAAGAUGAAAUUUGGCUUGCAGAAGACAAUUUGCUCGUUAUUAAGGGUGGUUCAUUCCCGGAACGAACACAGGAGGCUGACCAAAAACUAUGGCCCCCAAUAGAUAACUACGAGGCGCCUAGAAGGCAAGUAAAAUUACCACAGAAACCUAAAAUACCCCCGCCCUUUCCAGUACGUCUUUCCGACGACGGACCGCUCAUCUUCCUUACUCCAAACGGUAGUGUCCCUGCGUCCUUUUUCCCUACCUACCCUUCGGGAGAAGGCGAAGGCCCUCUACCUCCACCGCCAUUCCUUUACCCAUCAGGAACGUUCGACUCCCCGGGUGAAAAUAAGAGAAACACUUCUUCCGGGGGACCGACGAUGUCAGAUCCUCCGUUCCCAUUCCUACCUGGGAAUGCGAGCGAAGGGACAUUCCCAUUCCCCCCAUCCAUGAACGGCUCUUUUCCAGAAGGCUUUCCUCCGGGCGCCGCAUUUCUACCACCACCGAGCAACCAAACCGAUCUGUACGACGAAGACGACCCUUCGAUAUACUAUCCGCCGCCAUACAAUUUUUCUUAUCGCACUGACUAUAAGAAUAACGUACCGGCUGGACCGUUGGUACCUGGAAUUAUACUACCGCCACCACCUGAUUUCUUUGCUCCUCUAGAAGAGAAAUCGACUACCGAAGAAAUCAAAACUACGUCAGUUCCGAUAACCCAUACAAGGCAAAAGACGACAAUGAGACGUCCAUCAACAUCGACAACAAAUAGAGGAAAAUAUAAGACAAGACCCACGAGCACGGAAUUACCAAAGACAACCGAAAUUCCAACAACAACAUCUGAGGCUACAACCACAGUCAAGCACAGAAAGCCACAACGUCUUAACUCUGUUUCACAUAGGAUACCUGUUCGAAUUCAUAAUCAACCAGAAGAAAUAAUUUCAAGGCCUAAAACUGAAAAGCCAGUACAUAAAUCAAGAACAAAGCUUACAUCAAAACCACUUUCGGUGUCUGUUAUUUACGACUAUCCAAAUCAAGUUUACGAUAACAGCCCCCCUGCAACCACACAGGAGCCUUACUCAAUCUAUAGCGUACCACAAAAAGUAGUUGACGAAGAAGGGAAUGACAUAACAUCGACAUCUGUCCCAAUCAGAUCGUAUUAUUCGAACAUACAAAACGAUGAGAUUCCUACUACUAAACUUCAACCUGUAUAUAACAGGAAACCACAAGAAAACGCUAUUGCAUCAUUUUACUUCUUUGAUGAGCAACCGAAAACAUCUAAAUCCCCAGAUACAUAUUAUGAUGGACGGAACUACUACGACACUGUGCAAGUUCAAUCACCUCCGAAAACUAAACAAAAUAAUCAACAUAACCAAUACGAGCCAGCAAUUGAAAUACCUUAUAGCAAUCUUAAUCAGGCCAACUCACUGUUCUUAUUUCCGCAAAAGAAUGGCCCACGAACGCUUACUCAAGAAUACUUCAGCAUACAGAACCCACGAUCCCAACCGGUUUACACAAAACAAGCAAAACCAAGACCUCAACUUUUCUAUCAACAGAUUGCUGAUAUACAACAAACUAUAGACUUUUUCACUACAAAACGUCCACCAGCAUAUUCACACAGACCGUAUACCAACAAACAGAACCGCCAGCCAGUAACAACAAGACCAGUUUAUCAAUUUAGCUAUGAGACGCAGCCAAGGCCAGAAAAACUAGUAUUCCGGGCGCCUAAAUUAGACCCGGAACCAUUCAGACCCAUGGUUAGUUACAGCAAACCUUUGGAUCUCGGAAACGAUUUCAACGCAAUAACUCCAUCUGUAUCAACUGGAUACCAUCAACAAUAUUUGGUUGAAAAUGUUCAAGUGAGCACUGAAAGUCCAACAUCUUCAAGACACUAUCCAAAAAGCAAACCUAGAGAGCAAGAUUAUGAAGAUUUGCCCAUUAAAAAUACAUCUCCUGCUACUCACAGAAACGAAAUACCUCAACAGACAGGUAAACCACGAGUAAACAAACACCCAAGUACAACACCGAAUCCUAUCAGUAGCGGAUACUACACAAAGCAAGAUGAGCGUUACAUUGACGACUUUACAAAGAAUUCUUUCGAUAUAUUCGGACAGAAACUCGAGGAUAAUGCACGAGAUGUGAAUGGCUAUGCGGUAACACCACCACUCGAAACUGUUAAGACGCCUGUUGACAAUGGAAUUAAUCUUCAGUAUGAGUAUGAAAUUGUCGAAUCUCAAAGUCCAACUCCACCAUCAUUACAUGGAGAUACAGUGGUAAAUGACAGACUACCUCGUCCUCCCGUUAAUCCAGACAGUGAGCCUGUACACCCAGGGCAUGCUAACGCACAAAUUAUCGAACAAAGACCUCCAUCAUUAGAAGGCGAUACGUUAGUCAACGACAGGUUUCCAAGACCACAAAUCAACCCAGAUAGCGAAUUUAUUCCAAUACCAAAUCCGAACUAUGGAAGACAGCCGCAACAAUAUAGACAAUUAGUACCAGAGCCUCAGUAUUAUGCUGGUGAACAGUAUGACCUGAAUAGGCCAUCGCUAGUUGGAGACACAGAUGUGAAUUACAGGAGGCCACUUCCUGCAGAAAAUCCGGACGCAGAAUGGAUAGGUGCCGUGAACUCUGCAGGCGAAGGAAGGCCAGGAUCUUUAGUCAGAUACAGACUACCUGGUGAGGGAGGGCAUGUGUACUUCUUGACCCCACAAGCUGCUCAAGCAGUUCGUGAGAGGUACAGAGCUCCGGCGUACGGGCGGUGAAACCAAAGCUCUAGUCUGAAUUCAAAACCGUGACGUGAUGUAUAUACAAAGCGCAAUUGUGAUUUUAUAAGUGUCCUAAGUAGUAUAAGUUUGAAGUGACUGGCGGAUUUUCCGCAUUGCCAUAUAUGUAACUUGUUUAGUGAUUCACAGACUUCGGUGCAAGUUGACAGAACUCUAGAUAAUAAUAAAAACUAAUUUAUUAAAUUAUUGUUAGGUUUGUGGUGUAAAUGUAGAACUAGUUAUUUAUUUAUGUUUGUCAGUUUUUCUGAUAAACUUUAUGUGAAAUGUUAUAUGAUGGUUUGUAUGAAUGUUACUUUUGUUAUAACAUAGUUCUUUGUAAAUAAUAAGAUCUGACUGUUAUUGUAAUUUUGUUUUGAUAUCCGUGGCAACAUAUGCCACGCAGUAAACAUGACUUUGUGAAAUAAAAUAUUAAACAAAUUUAAUUAAAA